AUGGCGAACAGAAAGAUCUUAAUCUUCUCCUUUCUAGCAGUAGCUAUACUUGUCCUUUCAACUCUUGUUCAAUCCUCAAACGCUUCUUCACAUGAUCGUGUUUUAUUAGCAAGACAGAGAAACGCAGCCCGUAGUCAGAUCCCGAAUUGCAGUAAGAUGGUAUCAAGAUCUCAGUGCAGCCAGAACCCAAAGUGCAAGUGGUGUAAGAGUGAGGUUCUUGAUGAUAUGUGUUUUAGUAAAGCCGAGGCUUGGAGGUUACCUCAACAGGCAAGUGGGUUUAUGGUCGAGGACAGAAUUUGUUUAGUAACUUUAUGUUUGAAGUCCAAGUUUAGAGCAUUAGGUUUUCAAAUAGGCAUUGACAUUGUCGAAUUUGUUUUUGGUUAUCUGGAGCUAGACUUGAGGUUUGAGUCUUACGUUAGAAUGUCUAGUCACUGUGAUCAAGAAGCAAAGUUGCUUCAGGACAAUCCUGAUCAAGGUGCCUCUGCUGAACAACAGAGUUCUAGCAAGCCUCGACCAUGCAGUUUAUUUACGAGCUCUCAUGGUGAAAAAGUGAGAUGCAUAGCAAAGAAUGGAGGAAAAUUGCAGACACUGGCAUUGUCUCAUGGGUUGAAAUUUGCUGGUCACUUUGGUUUCAGUGAAGUAGAGCCAGAUCCAAUAGAUUAG